UACUCACAGAUCCUGAUGCUGGAAACUUAAAAGUACGGACUUCUCUUCUCUCUAAUGUAUUUUGGAUGCUGUCAUCCUGGGACCUCAUAGAUACAUAGGCUGAAUCAGGACAAACCGGCUCAAGAAACCGCGGAAUAUCGGCUCAGCCACCGCCAUGGCGAAUCAGCAACUACGCCUGGACCGCAGCGGGCUGGUCCUACUGUACAUUUUCCUGGGGAAGCUGCGGGAGUUUGGGGCCGAGCAGAUCCGAUACUCGGUGCCAGAAGAGACAGACAAAGGCUUCUUCGUGGGCAAUAUUUCCAAGGACCUGGGGCUGGAGCCCUGGGAGUUGACGGAGCGCCGCGUCCGCAUCGUCUCCAGAGGAAAGGCGCAGCUUUUCGCUCUGCAUCCGCGAAGUGGCAGCUUGAUCACUGCAGGUAGGAUAGAUCGGGAGGAGCUCUGUGAGACGAUGUCCUCCUGUUUUCUUAAUAUGGAGAUACUUGUGGAAGAUACCCUCAAGAUUUACGGAGUGGAAGUGGAAAUAAUGGAUAUUAAUGAUAACGCCCCCAGCUUCCGGGAGGAGGAAGUAGAGAUUAAAGUCAAUGAGCACGCAACUCUGGGAUCGAGAUUUCCCCUUCCUCAUGCUAGGGAUCCAGACGUAGGUAUGAACUCCCUACAGCGCUACCAGCUCAGCCCUAAUAGUUACUUUUCCUUGCAAGUGCGAAGCAGAACCGAUGGGGCCAACAAUCCGGAACUAGUGCUGGAGGAGACCCUGGACCGGGAGAAAGAGGCUGCUCACCUCCUCCUCCUUACAGCCUUAGAUGGAGGAGAUCCUAUCCGCCAGGGCACUGUUCCCAUUCGUGUGGUGGUCCUGGACAUAAAUGACCAUAUCCCAAAGUUUACACAGUCUGUUUAUCGAGUGAGUGUUCCUGAGAACCUCAGCUCUGGAUCUCCGGUGCUCAUGGUAAACGCAACUGAUCCAGAUGAGGGAAUCAACGGGGAAGUGGUGUAUUCAUUCAGGAACAUGGAAAGCAAAGCUUCUGAAAUAUUCCAGUUGGAUUCUCGAACUGGAGAAGUCUCAAUACAGGGGCCUCUGGAUUUUGAGAAAUAUAGGUUCUAUGAGUUGGAAAUUCAAGGUCAAGAUGGUGGAGGUUUCUCCACCACUGCUAAGAUGAUGAUCACAGUUGUGGAUGUGAAUGAUAAUGCUCCAGAAAUAACUAUCACAUCUUCUACUAACUCAGUGCUGGAAAACUCUCCUCCAGGUACAGUAAUUGCUCUUCUAAAUGUUCAAGAUCAAGACUCCGGAGAAAAUGGUCAAAUUUCUUGUUUCAUUCCUAACAACCUGCCUUUUAAUUUAGAAAAAACUUACGGAAAUUAUUACAAGUUGAUAACAGACAGAGCGCUGGACAGAGAGCAGGUCCAGAGCUACAAUAUAACAUUGACAGCUACAGAUCAAGGAAAUCCACCCUUGUCUACAAAAACUCACAUUUUAUUGAAUGUAGCAGAUGACAACGAUAACCCACCCACUUUUGCUCACUCCUCUUACUCAGCCUACAUUCCUGAAAACAACCCUAGAGGAGCCUCCUUCUUCUCAGUGACCGCAUUUGAUUGGGACAGCAAAGAAAAUGCCAGGGUCACUUACUCCCUGGUCCAGGACACCAUCCAGGGAGCUCCCCUGUCCUCCUACAUCUCUAUCAACUCAGACACUGGUGUCCUGUAUGCACUGUGCUCCUUCGAUUAUGAGCAGUUCCGAGACCUGCAGCUACAAGUGAUAGCACAGGACAGUGGGGACCCUCAGCUCAGCAGCAACGUGUCCCUGAGCAUAUUUGUACUGGACCAGAACGACAAUGCACCAGAGAUCCUGUACCCUGCACUCCCCACUGAUGGCUCCACCGGUGUGGAGCUGGCACCCCGUUCCGCAGAGCCUGGCUACCUGGUGACCAAGGUGGUAGCUGUGGACAGAGACUCAGGCCAGAAUGCCUGGCUGUCCUACCGCCUGCUCAAGGCCAGCGAGCCAGGGCUCUUCACGGUGGGGCUGCACACAGGCGAGGUGCGCACUGCGCGUGCCCUGCUGGACCGAGAUGCCCUCAAGCAGAGCCUAGUGGUGGUGGUCCAAGACCACGGCCAACCUCCACUCUCGGCCACCGUCACUCUCACUGUGGCUGUAGCCGACAGUAUCCCAGAGGUCCUGGCUGACCUGGGCAGCCUGGAGUCUCCCGCUAACCCCAGUGAUUCGGGCCUCACGUUAUACCUGGUGAUGGCGGUGGCUGCAGUCUCCUGUGUCUUUCUCGCCUUUGUCAUCGUGCUGGUGGCGCUCAGGCUGAGGCGCUGGCACACAAUGCGCCUGCUCCAAGCUUCAGGAGGCGGGUUGGUGGGCGUGCCCGCUUCGCACUUUGUGGGCGUGGACGGGGUGCGGGCGUUCCUGCAGACCUAUUCCCAUGAGGUCUCCCUCACCGCGGACUCGCGGAAGAGUCACCUGAUCUUUCCGCAACCCAACUAUGCUGACACUCUGAUCAGCCAGGAGAGCUGUGAGAAAAGCUGUGAGAAAAGCGAGCCUCUCUUGAUAGUUGAAGAUUCAGUUACCGGUUUAGGCAAAUGUAACUCUACAGAUAAUCAGGAACUCGGUUUGGCCUGGAGUCCGCUAUAGAUGCAGAUGUAGGCCCUCACGCUCUCCAAAGUUACCAGCUCAGCUAUAAUGAGCACUUUUCUCUGAUGGUGAAGGAUAAAACUAAAGGUAAG